AUGACUUCUUCGAAGUCUUGUGGGAAUCCCACUUUCCUGGGCGUGCCCAUGCGGUGGGUGGCGCUGCUGGCUUUGGUCGGACAGACUGUGGCCUCCGUCAGCGUGUUGAGGCUUUCAAGAUCCACAAAGUGGGCCCCCGAGGGGCCCCCCUACCUCGCGACGACAGCAGUUGUGUCGGCCGAGGUGGUGAAGCUCCUCACCUCCAUUCCGCUGGUCUGGUACGAACAGAACAUGAGCCUGCGCCAGACUCUGGCAGCAGUCCACCGCGACAUCAUCGGAAAUCCGGUGGAAAUGGCGAAAGUUGGAGUCCCGGGGCUGCUCUAUGCCCUUCAGAACAACCUGAUCUUCAUAGCGCUUUCGAACCUCUCGGGAGCAAUGUACCAAGUGACGUAUCAGCUCAAGAUCCUGACCACGGCUCUGCUCUCAGUGCUGAUCCUGGGAAGAAGGCUUUCAGUGCUGCGCUGGUCAGCUCUUUUUCUCUUAUUUGCAGGCGUCAGCCUCAUUCAAUAUCCCGGAUCAUCCGAGCGACCCAAGGCAGCAAUGGGCUCCCCGCAGAGCCCCUUCAUCGGGCUAGUUGCGGUGCUCUGCGCCUGCCUGACCAGUGGUCUGGCCGGGGUCUAUCUGGAGAAGCUGCUGAAGCAAAAAACUGCAACCAUUUGGGUCAACAACAUGCAGCUCGCCAUUUACGGAGUCACUGCGGGGCUCGUGGGGGCUUUCUGGAACGACGGCGAGGCGAUCAGGCGAAACGGGUUCUUCCAGGGAUACAGCGGAAUGACGGUGGCUGCGAUUUUGCUGCAGGCUCUGGGCGGCCUGGUGGUGGCUGCUGUGUUGAAAUACGCAGACAACAUUCUGAAGUGCUUCGGAAACGCCAUGUCGAUUGUGUUUUCCUGUUUGAUGUCGUGGUGGAUUGUGGGCGACUUCUUCCCCUCCCCCCUCUUCUGCAUCGGCACCCUUCUUGUCCUCGUCGCCACUUAUUUGUACGUUGUCGAAAACCCCUUUUCUCCUUUCAGCCAAGCUGGAGCCAAGAAGUACACUGAGCUGGCCCGGGGCGCGGAGGCAGCAGUUGUUUCUGCAGAUUCAAAUGUUCACCAUCGCUCCCGUGCAGUGCCAGCUUGA